AUGGAAUUAGAGGACAUGCUUGCUACUUCCACCAAUGAGCGCUUUGAAGCGGACGGUUUUGUGGUACCUUCUUGUCAAAAAAAGAGCGUGUUUAGCGUUGGAGCCCUUGAUAAUUUAGAUCAUAACCCUAGCUAUAUGAUGGCAGCCUCGUCGUUCCAUGGAACAGGCAUUAGUCUUUUUCAGUUACCAACAAUUAGUAAUCCUGGCGAAGAGAGGCCACCAGUGGCGUUACCGCCGCAGGGAACCGGGCAUGCUCUCCCAGAGGAAUACGCAACUGUUUACCCCGUAGAGUCGAACACUAGCAAGGCACUUGUACCAGCGCGUGAUAUGAAAGAAAUAGUUAGUUGCAUGGCUAAAGCGAAACGUAGUGAGGAACAGUGGGUGGUGCAUUCUCUCGAAAAACUUGACGAAGAAUCAGUAACCUCAGGAGAUACAUUGGCUUGGGCAGCAUUUCAUGCUUCGGCCCAGACGGAAGAAGAUCCACCUUCUUUGACUGCACUACGCCCUUUGUUCUACGAAAAGGCGGCGAACACAGCGAUGGUCAAGCACGGCAUGGAUGUCAUACGGCAGGCAGUUACCUUUCUAAAUCCGGGCCAGGUUCCUAUCAUCACCGUUGACCAGGCCCUGUUUACGCUUGCGAAGAUGGUCUAG